AUGGCAUCUGGAUUUUGGCCAGAUUUUGAUUACAAAACAGUAGGUAAGUUAAUUCUUGAAGAUGGUAGCGAAUAUAUAGGUUAUAGUGUAGGCUAUGAAGGAUGUGAUGCAAAAUAUAAUUCAGAAAAAAAUUCUUAUUUAAAAAGUGAUAAUUUGAAUGAAGAAUUAAAGAAAAAUAAUCACUUGAAGGAUGAUUUAUUAUUUAAAAAUAGUAAAAUUGAAAAUGAUGAUUAUAUUGUAACAGGAGAAGUCAUAUUCAACACUGCCAUGGUUGGCUAUACAGAAGCAUUAACAGAUCCGAGUUAUUUUGGUCAAAUUUUGGUUUUGACAUUUCCAUCAAUAGGUAAUUAUGGAGUUGAAAAAGUUAAUUAUGAUAAUUUUGGUUUAGUUAAAAAUUUUGAAAGUAAUAAAAUUCAAAUUCAGGGAUUAGUAAUAUGUGAAUAUACGAAGAAGUCAUCUCAUUAUAACUCUGUUAUUACUCUAAGUGAAUGGUUGAAAAUGUACAAAAUACCAUGUAUAGGUGGGAUAGAUACAAGAGCAUUAACAAAAAGAUUAAGAGAAAAAGGGAGUAUGCUAGGAAAAAUAAUAGUUUAUAAAAAUAUAAAUAAUAUUAAUAAAUUAUAUAAAGAAAUAAGCUUAUUUGAUCCAGGUGAAAUUGAUACUUUAAAAUAUGUGUGCAAUCAUUAUAUUAGAGUAUUUAAAUUGAAAAAUAUUUCUUAUAAAGCUAAAGACGAUUUAAAAAUAAUAAAUGAUAUUGAUGAAUCCCUGCAUGAUGAACAAGAAAAUGAAAAUAAUGUAACAAGUUAUUAUAGUUAUCAAAAUAAUUCAAAUAUUGAAAAAAUUGAUGAUAAGAAUAUAGAUCAUUAUUCCUUAUUAAGAGAUAAAAUGAAUAUAUUAACAUCAUCAGAUGAAAAUUUUAAAGAUCAUAAUCCCUUUAAUAGUAACAAUACCAAUAGUGAAGAUUAUGAUGCAUUUUUUAAUAUGUAUGGAUCAUGUGAAUACGAUAAAUAUUUAAUUAAUUUAGAAGAAAAUUCUUUUUUUCAUUGUCAAAAUGUAGAUGAAUAUGGUUAUUAUGAUGUUGAAAAAAGUUUAAAUAGUAUCUUAAAUAAAAAAUAUCUAAAGGAAAAUAAUGUAAAUGAUAAAAAAUUAGAUGAAAACAGUUAUAUUAAUAAAGCGGGGAAUUGUACAAUAGAAAAAAAAGAUAAUUUUAAAGAAAAAUUCAAUUUGAAUAAUGAUUAUUCUACGUAUAUUAAAAAAAAAAUGAAGAAUGAGGAACUUUUAAAUUUAAUAAAUAAAAGAAAUUAUAAUACCGAAAAAAUUAUCGUUAUUGUUGAUUGUGGUAUUAAAAAUAGUAUAAUAAAAAAUUUAAUGAAAAAAGGGAAGGACCUUCCUAUAACUUAUGUUAUUGUACCUUAUUAUUACGACUACAAUUCAAUAGAUUAUGAUGCAGUUUUAUUAUCUAAUGGACCAGGAGAUCCAAAAAAAUGUGAUUCUUUAAUUGAAAUAUUAAAAAAAAGUUUACAAAGAAAUAAAAUUAUAUUUGGCAUAUGCUUAGGAAAUCAAUUACUAGGUAUUUCUUUUGGUUGUGAAACAUACAAAAUGAAGUAUGGUAAUAGAGGAGUAAAUCAACCAGUUAUUCAUUUAGCAGAUAAUAAAUGUUACAUUACUUCGCAGAAUCAUGGUUACUGUUUAAAAAAAAAGAGCAUAUUAAAAAGAAAAGAAUUAGCUAUUAGUUAUAUAAAUGCAAAUGAUAAAACAAUAGAAGGUAUAACACAUAAAAAUGGAAGAUUUUACAGUGUUCAAUAUCAUCCUGAAGGUAAUAAUGGCCCUGAAGAUACCUCAUUUUUGUUUAAAAAUUUCCUUCUUGAUAUAUUUAAUAAAAAAAAGAAUUUCCGUGAAAAUAUUGGAUAUAACAUAAUUUACAUAAAAAAAAAAGUUCUACUUCUAGGUAGUGGUGGGUUAUGCAUAGGACAAGCAGGAGAAUUUGAUUAUUCAGGAACCCAAGCAAUUAAAAGUUUAAAAGAAUGUGGAAUUUAUGUAAUAUUAGUUAAUCCAAAUAUUGCAACAGUACAAACUUCUAAAGGACUAGCAGAUAAAGUAUAUUUUUUACCUGUGAAUUGUGAGUUUGUAGAAAGAAUUAUAAAAAAAGAAAAACCUGAUUUUAUUUUAUGUACUUUUGGUGGCCAAACAGCUUUAAACUGUGCUUUAAUGUUAGAACAAAAAAAAGUUUUAAAAAAAAAUAAUUGCUUAUCAUUAGGUACAUCUCUAGAAUCCAUUUUAAUAACAGAAAAUAGAAGUAUGUUUGCUGAAAAACUGAAAGAAAUUAAUGAAGUUAUAGCUCCUUAUGGAAGUGCGAAAAAUUUAGAAGAAGCUAUUGAAGUUGCAAAUAGAAUUGGGUAUCCUAUCUUAGUUCGCACAACGUUUUCCUUAGGUGGAUUAAAUAGUAGCUUUAUAAAUAAUGAAGAAGAAUUAAUUCAUAAAUGUAAAGAAAUAUUUUUACAAACAGAUAAUGAAAUAUUUAUUGAUAAAUCUCUAAAAGGAUGGAAGGAAAUAGAAUAUGAAUUAUUAAGAGACAAUAAAAACAAUUGCAUAGCUAUAUGUAAUAUGGAAAAUAUAGAUCCUUUAGGUAUUCACACAGGAGAUAGUGUAGUUGUUGCACCUUCUCAAACAUUAAGUAAUUAUGAGUAUUAUAAGUUUCGAGAAAUAGCCCUUAAGGUUAUUGCUCAUUUAAAAAUCAUAGGAGAAUGUAACAUUCAAUUUGGUAUUAAUCCAAAAACAGGAGAAUACUGCAUUAUUGAAGUGAAUGCAAGACUAAGCAGAAGUUCUGCUCUUGCUUCUAAAGCAACUGGAUAUCCGUUGGCUUAUAUAUCUGCUAAACUUGCUUUGGGUUAUGAUUUAAUUAGUUUAAAAAAUAGCAUUACAAAAAAAACAACUGCAUGCUUUGAGCCAUCUCUAGAUUAUAUUACUACUAAAAUACCAAGAUGGGAUUUAAAUAAAUUUGAAUUUGCAUCAAAUACAAUGAAUAGUAGUAUGAAAAGUGUAGGAGAAGUUAUGUCAAUUGGUAGGACUUUUGAGGAAUCUAUUCAAAAGUCAUUAAGAUGUAUUGACGAUAAUUAUUUAGGAUUUAGUAAUACAUAUUGUAUUGAUUGGGACGAAAAAAAAAUUAUAGAUGAAUUAAAAAAUCCAUCCCCCAAGAGAAUUGAUGCUAUUCAUCAAGCGUUUCAUUUAAAUAUACCAAUGGAGAAAAUUCAUGAAUUAACUCAUAUUGAUUAUUGGUUUUUAUAUAAAUUUUAUAAUAUUUUUAACUUACAAAAUAAAUUAAAAACAUUAACCUUGAAUCAAUUAUCUUUUUAUGAUUUGAAAUAUUUUAAGAAGCAUGGAUUUAGUGAUAAGCAAAUUGCUUUUUAUUUGUCUUACAAUACUAAAGUAACAGAAAAUGAUGUAAUGAGAUAUAGAGAAAGCAUGGGUUUAUAUCCUCAUAUUAAAGUCAUUGACACUCUUUCAGCUGAGUUUCCCGCAUCAACUAAUUAUUUAUAUUUAACAUAUCAAGGAAUAGAGCAUGAUGUACUUCCAUUAAAUAUGAGAAAGAAGAGAAUGUUAAUGAAUAGAAAAAAAGAAAAGAAUAGAAAUAUGUUAUGUUCUGAAGAAGGAAAUGAAAUUCAAGAGAAAGAAAAGGAAAAACAAAAGCAAAUUUAUAAUAAGCAUUCUAUUCAUUAUGAAGAUGUAAAUAAUGUAACAAAUGAUAUAAAUAUUGAUCAAGAUAAUAAAAUUUUAAAUAAUAAUUUAACUAUGGAGAAAUCUAAUAAUAUCCCUUUUAUUCAAGAGCAAAAACAUGCCAAUUAUGUUGUAGAAUCUUCUCAACAUAUGUUUAAUAAAUACAAAAAAGAAGAGAGUAUAGGAUCUGAUGAAACAAAUAUAAUAAGUGGACAAAAUUCUCUAAAUAAUCAAUCAAGUAAUAACGAAAAUGUAAUUCCAAGAAUUGGUAUUAACAACAUAGACAAUGAUAAAAAAGGGACUUAUGAUAAUAUGAAGUGUGAAAUCUCAAUUAAAGGAGAAUUAUUAGAAAAAGAAAAAAAACAAAAAAACAGUAAUAAUUAUAAUUCACAACCAAAUAGUAACAAUUUAAUCAGUAUGAAUGCAGGGGACAGUAAUUGUGAAAAAGGAGCAAAGAUAAGUGACAUAAAAAAUUGUAAGAAAACAAAAAAUAGAAAUUCAAUGAUGAAUAAUAAUAAUGACGAAAAUAUGUCUAAUGGUACUACACAUUCUACGAAUGAUCAAUUAUAUUUAGAUAAUUUUAAUACUUCAGAAGAAGAAUUAGCAAAUAAAAAUAUGGAAACUUAUUUAUCCAAGAAAAAUAUAUCCAAUAAAAGUGCUAGUAAUUCUUACUAUAUUGUUGACUCAGUUUAUAACAAUGAAUAUAAAAUAAAUAAGAUGAAAGAACUAAUAAACAAUGAAGAUAUGGGUAAUGAUACAUUACAUAAACAUGGCAUAUUGAAUAAUAAAGGAGAGAAAAAUAAUUUAUCUGUGAAUGAUAAUGACACGAAUAAUGAAAAAUUAAAAAAAAAUGAAAGAAAAAAAAAAAAGAAAAAUAAAAAAAGAAGAAAUAUUAGUGAUAUAGAUGAAGAUAGAAGUGAAUAUGAUUCUGAAUUAUCUAUGUAUAAUUUUAAUAAAUCAAGUGAAGAAGAUAAUGAUGAUGACGAUGAAACUUACUCAUAUACAUCUGAUAAUAAUUCAUAUGAUGAUUACGAAGAAGAAGCAAAUAAUUCGUUAUCAUCAAGAGCCUCUGAAAAUUCUUUAUUUUCAGAAAAUGAAAAUAUAUUUAAUGAAAAAUAUAAUGGUAUUGGUUUUAAGAUUAUUGAUAAAAGAGAUGAAAAAGAAAAAAAAAUGAAAAAAUGUUUUAUUGUAUUAGGAUGUGGAUGUUAUAGAAUUGGAAGUUCUGUUGAAUUUGACUGGAGUGCUAUACAUUGUGUAAAAACUAUCAGAAAAUUAAAUCACAAAGCUAUAUUAAUAAAUUGUAAUCCUGAAACAGUAAGUACUGAUUAUGAUGAAAGUGACAGGCUUUAUUUUGAUGAAAUAACUACAGAAGUUAUAAAAUUUAUUUAUAACUUUGAAAAUAGUAAUGGUGUUAUAAUUGCCUUUGGUGGGCAAACAUCCAAUAAUUUAGUUUUUAGUUUAUACAAAAAUAAUGUAAAAAUAUUGGGAUCAAGUGCUAAAAGCGUGGAUUGCUGUGAAAAUAGAAACAAAUUUUCUCAUCUAUGUGACUCUUUAAAAAUUGAUCAACCAAAAUGGAAUAAAUUUACGAAAUUAUCUAAAGCAAUCCAAUUUGCUAAUGAAGUAAAAUUCCCUGUUUUAGUAAGACCUUCUUAUGUAUUAUCAGGUGCAGCUAUGAGAGUUGUAAAUUGUUUUGAGGAAUUGAAAAACUUUUUAAUGAAAGCAGCAAUUGUAAGUAAAGAUAAUCCAGUUGUUAUUUCGAAAUUUAUUGAAAAUGCUAAAGAAAUAGAAAUUGAUUGUGUUAGCAAAAAUGGAAAAAUUAUCAAUUAUGCUAUAUCAGAACAUGUAGAAAAUGCAGGAGUACACUCAGGAGAUGCUACAUUAAUAUUACCAGCACAAAAUAUAUACGUAGAAACUCAUAGAAAAAUUAAAAAAAUAUCAGAAAAAAUAUCGAAAUCUUUAAAUAUAUCAGGACCAUUUAAUAUACAAUUUAUAUGCCACCAAAAUGAAAUAAAAAUAAUAGAAUGUAAUUUAAGAGCUUCAAGAACCUUUCCUUUUAUAUCAAAAGCAUUAAAUUUAAAUUUUAUCGAUCUAGCUACAAGAAUAUUAAUGGGAUAUGAUGUAAAGCCAAUUAAUAUCUCAUUAAUAGAUUUAGAAUAUACUGCUAUUAAAUCUCCUAUAUUUUCAUUUAAUAGAUUACAUGGUUCUGACUGUAUUUUAGGUGUUGAAAUGAAAUCAACGGGAGAAGUAGCAUGUUUUGGUUUAAAUAAAUAUGAAGCCUUGUUGAAAUCUUUAAUUGCUACCGGUAUGAAAUUGCCUAAAAAAUCCAUUUUGAUAAGUAUUAAAAAUUUAAAUAAUAAAUUAGCUUUUGAAGAACCAUUUCAAUUGUUAUUUUUAAUGGGAUUUACUAUUUAUGCAACAGAAGGAACAUAUGACUUUUAUUCAAAAUUUCUGGAAUCAUUUUCUAUUAAAAAAGGCUCUAAAUUUCAUCAAAGACUAAUUAAAGUACAUAAUAAAAAUUCUGAAAAUUUACAACCAAAUAUAACAGAUUUAAUUAUGAAUCAUAAAGUAGAAAUGGUUAUUAAUAUAACAGAUGCACUACAUACUAAAGUUGGUUCAAAUGGAUAUAGAAUAAGAAGGCUUGCUUCCGAUUUCCAAGUUCCUUUAAUAACAAAUAUGAAAUUAUCCUCUUUAUUUAUCGAUUCAUUAUAUAGAAAAUUUUCAAAAAGAAAAGAAAAUAAAUCUUUCUACACAAUUAAAAGUUAUGAUGAAUACAUAAGUUUAGUUUAA